GGCGCGUCAUCGAGGGGAUGAAGAGGCGGGGCCUGAGGCCUGGAGGCGUUUCCGGGGAGACCGCGCCGCGCGGAGGCCGUAAAGCGAGGGCGGCGGGUGUCGCGAACGGGUGCCGAUUCAUGGCGGCGAUGGCUUCGGGCUCUGUCGGAGGAGGAGGGAUGCCGGUGCUGAACGGGGCGGAGGCGGCUGCGGCGUCAGGGGCCGGGCUGAAGGAGGCGAGCGGGAUGUACGAGCAGCUGAGGGCCGAGUGGAACCGCAAGAACCUCAGCCUCAGCAAGUGCGGGGAACUCCUCGCCAGGCUCAAGUUAGCUCUGCUUGAACUCAACUUCCUGCCCACGACAGGCUCGAAACUGACUAAACAGCAGCUUAUCUUGGCAAGAGACAUCCUCGAAAUUGGAGCUCAGUGGAGCAUCCUGAAGAAAGACAUCCCAUCCUUUGAGAGAUACAUGGCUCAGCUCAAGUGCUACUAUUUUGAUUACAAAGACGAGUUACCAGAAUCAGCUUACAAGCACCAACUGUUGGGCUUGAACCUUCUCUUCCUGCUGUCCCAGAACCGUGUUGCUGAGUUUCACACUGAGCUUGAAAGGCUGCCAGCAAAGGAAAUUCAAACCAAUGUCUACAUCAAGCACCCUGUGUCUCUAGAGCAGUACCUGAUGGAAGGCAGUUACAACAAAGUGUUCCUUGCUAAAGGCAACAUCCCAGCAGAGAGCUAUGCUUUCUUCAUUGACAUAUUAUUGGACACUGUCAGGGAUGAAAUUGCCAGCUGCAUUGAGAAGGCUUAUGAGAAAAUUCUGUUCAAUGAAGCCACUCGCAUGCUCUUCUUCACCCCAAAGAAGAUGACUGAUUAUGCCAAGAAGCGUGGCUGGGUCCUGGGCCCAAACAACCACUACUGUUUCACUGGUCAGCAGCAGAAACUUGAAGAUGCCACCAUCCCUUCAACAGAGCUAGCCAAACAAGUUAUCGAAUACGCUCGGCAGCUGGAGAUGAUUGUCUAGCGUGUUGCUACUCCUGUUUGUUGAGACUGUGGCCUGCUCCUUCCCCUGUUUACUCUAAUUCCCAUCCAGCUGGUUGAUCCAUUUACUUCUAUGGAUUGGGUGGGUGGGAUUGUGAAUGUCUAUUUCUUCUUGGAUGCAAUAGUAAAUGUAAGCUAGGCCCAUCCAUGUGUCAUUAAGAGUUCCAUUGUUUCUUGGGAAGAAUAUGGAUAUGAAAGGAAACUUGCUGACCAUAGGGAGGAAGCUACCUUUCAUAAAUGCCCGGUGUCACUUAUGAAGUUGUCCUUUGCAAAUGUUCAGAAAUAAUCGCAAGAGCUUUUGGUUGCAUUGGAAACAGACUUUUCUCUGCGUUCUGGUCAGCACGGGCUUUUAAAAAAGCUUCAGAACUAAGUUCAAACUUCUGAUUUGGGUUGAGUUUUUUUAUUUGAUACCUAUCUAUCACCUGUUUGUGUGCCACUAUAAAGGGAUGGCUGUAGGUGAAGCAAAUAAACACAAUUUCUUCUACAAGUGUAA